CCGGCUUUUAAAGGUCUUGAAAAGGAUAUCGAGGGCUCUCAUAAACGCUGGAUGAAGUUCAUCGACUCAGAGAGUCCUGAGAAUGAAAAACUGCCUGGGGAAUGGAAAGCAAAAUCGGCUAUUCAAAGACUGUGUAUUAUGCGGUGCAUUCGUCCUGAUCGGAUGUCUUACGCCAUGAAGGGUUUUAUUGAUGAGAAAUUAGGCUCCAAAUAUAUAGAUGCAAGAUCGAUAGAGUUUUCUAAAACAUUUAAGGAGUCUAGCCCUGAAACUCACAUUUUUUUUGUUUUAUCGCCAGGUGUAGAUCCUCUUAAAGAUGUAGAAAAAAUUGGAAAAGUAUUGGGGUACAGUUUCGAUUAUGAAAACUUUCAUAGUGUCUCAUUAGGUCAAGGACAGGAAAUCAUUGCCGAAAAAGCUAUUGAAACGGCAGCGCAACAAGGCCACUGGGUUAUAUUACAAAAUAUUCACUUGGUAGCACGCUGGCUUCCGAGUCUUGAAAAGAAAAUAGAAGCCUCACUUAUGAAUGUGAAUCCAAAAUAUAGACUUUUCUUAAGCGCUGAGCCAGCAGGCGAUCCAGCUAUGCACAUUUUACCACAGGGAAUACUGGAAUCUGCCAUUAAGAUAACAAAUGAGCCACCAACGGGAAUGAUGGCCAAUGUACAUAAAGCUCUUGAUAAUUUUAGUGAUGAAACACUUGAGAUGUGCUCAAAAGAGACAGAAUUCAAGGCCAUUCUUUUUUCGCUUUGUUAUUUUCAUGCGGUCGUGGCGGAACGUCGCAAAUUUGGACCACAAGGAUGGAAUCGCUCAUAUCCAUUUAAUGUGGGUGAUCUAACAAUAUCAGUUUAUGUGUUAUUCAACUACUUAGAGGCUAACACACGCGUUCCUUGGGAAGAUCUCCGAUAUUUGUUUGGAGAAAUUAUGUACGGUGGUCAUAUCACAGAUGACUGGGAUCGUCGAUUAUGCCGGACUUAUCUUGAAGAAUUUAUGCAGCCGGAACUUAUUGAUGGCGAUCUGGAAUUUUGCCCGGGCUUUCCAGCGCCGGGAAUUCUGAAAUAUGCAGGAUAUCAUCUUUACCUCGAUGAAAACUUGCCACCAGAGAGUCCUUCCCUAUAUGGAUUAAAUUUGAAUGCUGAAAUUGGUUUUCUAACUACCGUUUCAGAGCGACUUUUUCGUAUUGUCUUUGAGUUGCAACCCCGGAUGUCGAGCGGUUCGGGAGGUGGUGCUGAAUCUGUAUCUCAGGAGGAUAUUAUUAAGGGCGUUAUUGAAGAUCUACUUGAUAAGGUUCCAACGCCUUUUAACAUAUCGGAGCUUAUGGGUCGUGUAGAGGAUCGUAAUCCGUAUAUUAUAGUAGCUUUCCAAGAAUGUGAAAGAAUGAACAUUCUUAUGGCUGAACUUAGACGUUCCCUUAAUGAAUUGGACUUAGGUCUUAAGGGUGAACUAACUAUAUCGUCAAUCAUGGAGGACCUUAUGUUAUGCCUCUAUAUGGAUCAAGUGCCAGAACAGUGGACCAAACUUGCCUAUCCAAGUUUACUUGGACUACAAUCCUGGUUCGGCGACCUCAUGCUACGUUUACGUGAGUUGGAAAGUUGGGUUUCUGAUUUUCGAUUGCCCUCUUCCAUCUGGCUAGCAGGUUUUUUUAAUCCGCAAUCAUUACUGACUGCUAUUAUGCAGCAGACAGCGCGUAAAAAUGAAUGGCCGUUAGACCGAAUGUGUCUUAAUUGCGAUGUCACUAAGAAAUUUAAAGAGGAAUUUACCUCAGCACCUCGUGAGGGAGCCUAUGUUAACGGUUUAUUUAUGGAAGGUGCUCGUUGGGAUAUGAAAAUGAGUACAAUUACUGAUGCGCUAAAUAAGGAAUUAUUUCCAGCCAUGCCUGUUAUAUACAUAAAAGCAGUAACUCAGGAUAAGCAAGACACAAAAAAUAUUUACGAAUGUCCAGUGUACAAAAUUCGGCUGCGAGGACCAACUUACGUGUGGACUUUUAAUCUAAAGAGCAAGGAACGAGAUAGCAAAUGGACAUUGGCUGGAGUUUGUCUACUUUUACAGACUUAGUACAGAAUCGCUCUAGUCUAACAAAACAAGUAACUAAACCAUUAUUGAUUGUAAAAUAUCUGUAUUGAGAAAUAAUAAAUUAUUCCAAAUAUU